CAUUGUAAAUCCCAUUCAGUGCCUUAUGCAUCCUUUUCACAAAACGGGGGGGUUCCUCCGCAUUUCGACUCCGUCCUCCCCGUGCGCAGACAACAGACAGGCACCGACCGACCGACCGACCGACUGACAUCCACCUGAGUUUGUUCCCCAUCCGCGGACAUUCAUUCAAGCCACUUCUCCACCGGAGUUAUAAAUACAAUUUAAAAAAGAAUAUUUUUUUUUCUUGAUGUUUUUUUAAUUUUAAUUUUCUUUUUUUGGGGGAGGGGGGGGGGAUUUGGGAAUAUCGCUGAAGAUUUCUGCACUUCUGGAACGGAGACCUGGAGAUGAAGACAGAUCCCACGUUUUUCUGUCGGACUUGGAUUGGAAUAGCGUAUGUCUCAGGUCUGGUGAUUGGCUUUUCUAUGACUCCACCCAUCCUUGACAGCGGCAGAGGCGACCUAGUGAUUCCAGUCUACGAAACACUCACUAUUACAUGCAGGGGACAGCGCACUCUGGCCUGGGCCUGGCCUGAUCAGACUCUGGUGGGACAGGAGUUCACUGACCGUCAGGCCCAGCUGUCGACACCCAGGGCCCCCGGGCAGCGGGUCGCCUUGGUCAGCGAGUGUCCAGGGCAGCCUGGGUGGCCGUACUGCAAGCAGCUGGUUCUGAACAGGGCCCAGGGCAAAGACACGGGCUACUAUCGCUGCUAUUACAAGGAUGUCAAGGCCAUCAUUGACGGCACAACUGCCGUCAGCGUUUAUGUAUUCAUCAGGGACCCAGAGAACCCCUUCCUCAGGAGAGGCAGCGAGGGCCACGGAAAUGACCUGGAGACCAUCUUUAUCACGCACUUUUCCAUGCACAUCACAGUGCCUUGUCUGGUCACAGUGCCGGACCUGAACGUCACUCUCUAUGCGUAUCCCACGCCUCUGGAGAGGAGCGGGAUGACAUGGGACAACAAGCGCGGCUGGUCCAUUCCCAGACAAAUCAUAGACAGUGUGCCGAUGCUCAUUGGAUUUGCGUGUGUCGCGACCCUGGGCGGCAAAGAGUACCAAUCUGCCAACUACCUGAUCCACACUACUGGAAGUCAGGUUUACGAUGUCAAGCUGUUUCCUGAGGACCCAGUAGAGCUGAUAGUCGGGGAGGCCCUCACCCUGAACUGCACAGCGUUGGUGGAGUUCAACGCGGGGGUGGACAUUCAGUGGUCGUACCCUGGCAAGCAGACCAACAGUUUGGUGGAAACUAAGACCUAUCGCGAAGCUCUGUAUCACGCCACAGAGGCCGUUAGCAUCCUGACCAUCCACAGUGUCAAUGUCUCAGACACCGGCCCGUACAUCUGCAACGUGACCAGCAUGGACACAACUGAAACCCAACAAACCCAGGUCAUAGUUCACGAAAGGCCAUUUAUUAGCCUCAACUACAGGACUGGGCCGGUGGUGGAGGUAACUGCUGGCCAGAAGACCUUCAAAUUACAAGUGAAUGUGUCUGCCUUCCCCACACCUGAAGCACAAUGGUAUAAAGAGGGUAAGCUGAUAAACCAGCGCCCAGAGUUCAAGAUAAAAAGGAUGAGGAUUCACCUGAACCAUGCUUUGGAGAUUAAGGAUGUUUGUCAGGAGGAUUCUGGGCUCUACACAGUGGUGCUGAGAAAUGCUGCUGCUGCGCUGGAGAGGAGGCUCAACCUCACGCUUGUUGUCAACGUUCCCCCACAGAUUCAUGAGAAGGAAGUGGCAGAGCCCUCCAGUCCUUACCCCAGUGGCAGCAGCCAGACUCUAACAUGCACCGCCUAUGGUCUCCCGGCGCCCAACAUCAGCUGGCAGUGGAGGGCCUGGGGCCCGUGUGUUCUCGACAGCACCCGAAGCAGACUGGUCCGACGAGACGGGAAGGGCCGGAGUGACAGGAUCACGGACUGUCAGAACUGGCAGGACAUUAACUCGGAAGACGCAAUGAAUGAAAUCGAGGCUAUUGAAACAUCCCCAGAGUUGGUGGAUGGGAGACACAAGAUAGUGAGCAGGCUCCAGAUUCGCAACGCCAGUGUCUCCGUCAUGUACAAGUGUUCUGCUGAAAACAAAGUCGGCACAGAUGAGCGGCUGAUCUACUUCUAUGUAACCACCAUCCCCGAGGGCUUCAGCGUGGAUGUCCAGCCCCCAGAGAAUCCCCAGGAGCAGGAGAAAGUGUCCCUGUGCUGCAGCGCCGACAAUUACACCUACGAGCAGCUGCAGUGGUACCGCCUCGACCCCCAGGCCCUGCAGGUAGAGCAGGGCAAGCCCCGGGACUGCAGGAGCGUGCAUCUAUAUGCCGACACGCUUGACGGCCAGCUCUCCUUCCAGGAGCCCUCCAACAGCUGGGUCCUGGACUUCACCAUCCCCGCCGUCCAGCUGCAGGAUGAGGGUCAUUAUGUGUGCGAGGCUCAGAGCAGGCGCAGCGGGGAGAAACAGUGCCUGUUCAGAUACAUCUCUGUCAAAGCCCUGGAGGCGCCUCGCUACAAGCGCAGCCUCACCAACCAGACAGUGAACGUGACCGAGUCCCUGCGGAUGGAGUGCGACGUGGAGGGCAGACCCGUGCCGCGCCUCUCCUGGUUCAAAGACAACCAGCCUCUCCACCAAAUGUCAGGGAUCCAGCUGCAGGAUUCAAACCGCACUCUGAGUAUCCAGCGGGUGCGAGAGGAGGACGCCGGGCUUUACACCUGCACGGCCUGCAACCAGCGUGGCUGUGUCAACUCCUCAGCUGCCGUCAAGGUCAUUGGGUCAAGUGACAAGGCCAAUGUGGAGAUUGUGAUCCUCAUCGGGACCGGGGUCAUCGCCGUCUUCUUCUGGGCCCUGCUCAUCGUCAUUUUCUGCAACGUGAAGCGGGUUAACCCAGCAGACAUAAAGACGGGCUAUCUGUCGAUCAUUAUGGACCCGGGUGAGGUGCCGCUGGAUGAGCAGUGUGAAUACCUGCCCUACGACUCCUCGCAGUGGGAGAUCUCCAGGGAUAGACUCCGACUGGGAAAAGUUUUAGGCCACGGUGCCUUUGGGAAAGUAAUCGAGGCGUCAAUCUACGGCAUCAGCACGAGCAGCAGUUUGGACACGGUGGCUGUCAAGAUGCUGAAGGAUGGAGCCACAGCCAGUGAGCACAAGGCGUUGAUGUCGGAGUUGAAGAUACUGAUUCACAUCGGAAAUCAUCUGAAUGUAGUGAAUCUGUUAGGAGCCUGCACCAAACCAAAUGGUCCGCUGAUGGUGAUAGUGGAAUACUGCAAGUACGGGAACCUGUCCAACUUCCUACGAGCCAAGAGAGAGUUCUUCCUCCCGUACAGGGAUCGUUCUCCAAAGACCCAGAGUCAGGUGAGACGGAUGAUCGAAGCGGGUCAAAUGGACCAGAGGGCUCGUCAGCCACCUUCCCCGUCCUCCUCCUCCUCCUCCCCGCCUGCCUGUCCUCAGACUCCGUCAUCCAACACGCCCAAUCCGACGCCUGCUGUGGAGAAACUGGAGGACCUGUGGAAGACGCCUCUGACGAUAGAAGAUCUCAUUUGCUACAGUUUCCAGGUGGCUCGUGGGAUGGACUUCCUGGCCUCCAGAAAGUGUAUCCACAGAGACCUGGCCGCCCGGAACAUUCUCCUGUCAGAGAACAACAUCGUGAAGAUCUGUGACUUUGGCCUGGCCAGAGACAUAUACAAAGACCCUGACUACGUCAGGAAAGGCAAUGCUCGGCUGCCUUUAAAGUGGAUGGCUCCAGAGAGCAUCUUCGACAAAGUGUACACCAGCCAGAGUGACGUGUGGUCCUUUGGAGUUCUCCUCUGGGAAAUCUUUUCACUGGGUGCGUCUCCGUACCCCGGGGUACAGAUUGACGAGGACUUCUGCAAUCGACUAAAGGACGGCGUCCGGAUGAGAUCACCAGAGACAGCCUCCCCCGAAAUAUAUGGCAUCAUGCUGGGCUGCUGGCAGGGUGAACCCAAAGAGAGGCCCAACUUCCCUGCGCUGAUGCAGAUCCUGGGAGACCUGCUGCAGGACAACAGCCUGCCUGAUGGGAAGGACUACAUCCCCCUGAAUCACUCACAGAGCUCAGAGGAUGACGGUUUCUCACAGGCGUCAUCGCGGCCUGCGUCGGAAGAGGAGCUGCGACUGGCCUGCAACACUCUACCCGCCAGGUAUUAUAACUGUGUGCCAUUUGCCGGCUGCGUGUUUGUGGGCCCCUCCAAAGCAUGCCAGCCCAGAGUGAAGACGUUUGAAGAGUUGCCUCUGGAGAUGCACCGACAGAAAGCUCCUCAGGACAACCAGACAGACAGUGGCAUGGUUCUGGCCUCCGAAGAAUUUGAGAGAAUUGAGCACAAGCACAGGGGCGCCGUCGCAAAAAGUCGUGUGGGCAGCAGCAGCAGCACGGAGCCUCUGACAGCCUCCCACGGGUCCCUGGGCCGAAGCAACUCCAUCAGGCACCGUCCCAACUUCUUCAGCCAGCUGUCGGGACAGACCUUCUACAACAACGAGUACGGACACCUGUCCGAGGAGGGCUUCUGCGACUUCUUCUCCUCGCCAGACGCCCCCUGCCUGGCCUCCUCCAAUGUGUAACCUGACCUGAAGAUGCAGCCUGAAGGAGUAAAAAAAAAAAGGAAAAAAAAGGCUUCGGUAGUGGGAGGUUUGUGUAACUAGUUGUUUAUUAAUGUAGAUCAGUUGGUGGAUGCUUAUGACCAGAGCUGACCUCUUCUCAUCUCAAAGUUCUUCCUUCCUCCUCUCGGGCUGCUGCUGCCUCAACAGACGGACUGAAGUUCCUCUAACCAGCCACUGGGUGGCAGCAUUAGGACACAAAAAACUCCCAUACCCCAAGUAUUUUACAUCAACACAUUUAUAUUUUUUAUCUUUUAUAUACAGAGUAUCUUCCUAUAUUUGUAAAAAUGAUGGCUCGUAUGGGAAGCAAUAAAGGAAAUCCUCUCCUUCCUA